CCUCAAAGAAAAUAUCGAAAUCUUAGAGAAGAAGAAGAAAAGAGAAGAGAAAUGACAGAGAAGAAAGAGAUGCAGGUCGUGAAAGGGCUAGACUUGGAGAGAUACAUGGGCCGUUGGUACGAGAUUGCUUCGUUCCCUUCAAGGUUUCAGCCAAAGAACGGCGUCGACACUCGCGCCACCUACACCCUUAACCCCGACGGUACGGUGCACGUCUUGAACGAAACGUGGAGCAACGGGAAGAGGGGUUUUAUCGAAGGCAGCGCCUAUAAGGCCGAUCCUAAAAGCGACGAAGCCAAGCUCAAAGUCAAGUUCUACGUUCCUCCUUUCCUCCCAAUCAUUCCCGUCACCGGAGACUACUGGGUGCUCUACAUCGAUCCUGACUACCAGCACGCUCUCAUCGGCCAGCCUUCCAGGAGUUAUCUCUGGAUAUUGAGCAGGACGGCGCAUAUGGAGGAAGAGACGUAUAAGCAGCUGGUGGAGAAGGCGGUGGAGGAAGGAUACGACAUCAGCAAGCUUCACAAGACUCCUCAGAGUGACACACCACCUGAGACCAACACUGCCCCCGAAGACUCCAAGGGCAUUUGGUGGUUCAAAUCUCUCUUCGGCAAAUAGAUUACUCAACAACAUACAAAGACUUUGUUUCACCUCUUUUACUCUUUUGUCUGUGUAAUAUACUACCUCGUUUGUC